AUGAUGUUUCGUCUUCCGCCACCACCACGCUUCACUCUUCUACCACCGCCGAUGCUCUCAUCCGAUAUUUUCGAUCCAAAACUACUCUUUCGUUUAAGUUGUUCGUCCAUCCAACAACAUCAACGUCAACAAAAACAACAGAUGAUUAAUUCGCGCUUGAUUAUGUUCAGCUGUGUUUGUCUUUUCAUAAUUCUUCUAGUUAUUUUCAUACAGUAUCAUCGUCGACGAAAAUCUCGCCCUGAUACUCAUCAACAACAAUCGAAAUCACUACCAGUCAAUACCACUACAUCGCUACAAUCCAGUCGAUCGUAUGAAAGUAUCUCAUCUGGAAACACCGGUUAUUAUGUGGAAUCUAUUGAUACAUCAGCAACAACAUAUUCUACGGAUCCAAGUAACACAAUCUGCUUUUCUUAUUCCGAAGAACGUCAUUACUCGUCGAUUUCGCCGCCACCUCCGUAUUAUCAUACACUUGAUAUUCUUCCUUCCUAA